AUGUUUGCAGGCUCAUUAUUGCUCUCAUCCCUUUUCUACUUUUGUUUUGUCAAUGGCGAUUGGCAAUAUAGAUCAAGACCAGAUUUGUCUCCCCCACGAUUGAACAUCACCAUUCCUGCCAAGGGAACUUCCGAUGGCUACUUAUUUGUUGCACCCUUCAGUGGAUUUCCUGAGGUUGGAAACUCCCACGGCCCAAGACAAGCUGCCCCUUACAUUUUUAAUGACAAAGGUGAACUUGUUUGGUCCGGCUUCAGCUAUUACUCUAUCUGGGCAACCAAUUUCCAAGCAGGCAAGGUCAAUGGAAAAGACAUUUUAUUUUCCUUUGAAGGUUCCCACAAUCCAGGAUAUGGCCAUGGUCAUGGACACAUCACAUUAUUAGACCAAAACUAUGAAACAGUUAAGGAAUUGAGAGCUGGUAAUCACAAGAUUAUCGAUAAGCACGAAUUCCAUAUUAUUGACGGGAAAACUGGAUUAGUACAAAUAUACCAGCCAACACCCUAUGAUUUGAGCAAGUGGGCCAGCUCAAAGGAACAACAAUGGAUUGUAAAUGCCAUUUUUCAAGAGUUAGAUAUCGAAACCGGGGAUGUUUUAUUUGAAUGGUCAUCUUUGGAUCACAUUUCUCCAGACGAGUCUGUUCUCCCUGUUGAUGAAGGACAAGCCGGUGCUGGAUUUAACUCAAGUGAUGCUUGGGACUACUUUCAUAUCAACUCAGUCGAUAAGGAUGCCAAUGGAGACUACCUUCUUUCAGCAAGAGAUGCAGCUUCUGUCUAUAAAGUGGACGGAAAAACCGGUGAAAUCAUUUGGAAACUUGGAGGUUUACCAGGUAUAACCACGUCAGAUUUCCAACUGGAAGGAGGUUUCAACUUUUCUUUCCAGCAUCAUGCCAGGUACUUGUACACUUCUCCAGACUCCAAAAAGCAGAUUAUCUCUUUGUACGAUAAUUCCGCCCAUGGAACUGAAAAUAAAGAUGGAAAAGAAGUCCACUACAAUACCCAUUCCAGUGGUAAAAUUAUUGAAGUUGAUACUUCUACUUGGACAGCAAAACUUCUUUUUAAUGGUGUUCCUCCGGAUGGUCUUCUUUCUAAGUCUCAGGGAUCAACUCAGGUUUUACCAAAUGGAAAUGUCCUAGUAAACUGGGGCUCUGAAGGUGCUGUGACUGAAUUCGAUGCUAACGAGAAGCCUAUUUUCCACGCUUAUAUGGAUUCUGGGGACUUGGGAGUUAAAGUGGAAAAUUAUCGUGCUUUCAAGUACAAUUGGACUGGAAUUCCCAAUGAAGAAAUCGCUUUGUAUAGUGAGCACAACGAAGAUAGAACUACCACUUUGUAUGUGAGUUGGAACGGAGACACCCAGACCAAGACUUGGAAAUUCUACACUAUUGGUGACAACAAUCUGAAGGAGUACAUAGGAAAGACGGAAAAGUCAGGGUUUGAAACCGUCUUUACAAUUUCGGAAAAAAUCACUAAGCAGGUAAUCGUUGAGGCUUAUGGUGCUUCUGGGGAGGCAUUAGCAUCCUCCAGCAAGGUCACAUCAGUUCAAGCAAUCAAGCCAUAUGACUCAGACGAAAAGAUUAUUUCUCAAGGACAUGAAUUCAAAGGCAAGUUACAAAGCUUUCAGUCGUACUUUGAUUGGAAAAAAGAAUUUACAAACAUUUAA